AUGGCCACGUCUAUACUUGGGGAAGAGCCGCGCUUCGGAACGACCCCGUUGGCCAUGCUGGCGGCGACCUGCAACAAGAUCGGCAACACCAGCCCGCUGACGACGCUGCCGGAGUCGAGCGCCUUCGCCAAGGGCGGCUUCCAUCCCUGGAAGCGCUCCUCGUCCAGCUGCAACCUCGGCUCCAGCCUCUCGGGCUUCGCGGUGGCCACCGGCGGCCGCGGCUCAGGCGGCCUGGCGGGCGGCUCUGGCGCAGCCAACAGCGCCUUCUGCUUGGCCUCCACGUCCCCCACGUCGUCCGCCUUCAGCAGCGACUACGGCGGCCUCUUUUCCAACUCGGCGGCGGCCGCCGCGGCGGCGGCCGGGGUGUCCCCGCAGGAGGCGGGCGGCCAGUCGGCCUUCAUCUCCAAGGUGCACACGACGGCGGCCGACGGUCUGUACCCGCGCGUGGGCAUGGCGCACCCGUACGAGUCGUGGUACAAGUCAGGCUUCCACUCGACGCUGGCAGCGGGCGAGGUGACCAACGGCGCGGCGUCGUCGUGGUGGGACGUGCACAGCAGCCCGGGCUCGUGGCUGGAGGUGCAGAACCCCGCUGGGGGGCUGCAGAGCUCGCUGCACUCGGGCGCCCCCCAGGCCUCGCUGCACUCGCAGCUCGGCACCUACAACCCCGACUUCAGCUCGCUCACGCACUCGGCCUUCAGCUCCACGGGCCUCGGCUCCUCGGCCGCCGCCGCCUCGCACUUGCUCUCCACCAGCCAGCACCUGCUGGCGCAGGACGGCUUCAAGCCGGUGCUGCCCUCCUACUCGGACUCCAGCGCCGCCGUGGCGGCCGCCGCCGCCAGCGCCAUGAUCUCGGGCGCCGCGGCCGCCGCCGCCGGGGGGAGCUCGGCGCGUUCUGCCCGCCGCUACUCCGGCCGCGCCACCUGCGACUGCCCCAACUGCCAGGAGGCGGAGCGGCUGGGCCCGGCCGGGGCGAGUCUGCGGCGCAAGGGCCUGCACAGCUGCCACAUCCCGGGCUGCGGCAAGGUGUACGGCAAGACGUCGCACCUGAAGGCGCACCUGCGCUGGCACACGGGCGAGCGGCCCUUCGUGUGCAACUGGCUCUUCUGCGGCAAGCGCUUCACGCGCUCGGACGAGCUGCAGCGGCACCUGCGGACUCACACGGGCGAGAAGCGCUUCGCCUGUCCGGUGUGCAACAAGCGCUUCAUGCGCAGCGACCACCUGAGCAAACACAUUAAGACGCACAACGGGGGCGGCGGGGGCAAAAAGGGCAGCGACAGUGACACGGACGCCAGCAACCUGGAGACGCCCCGCUCCGAGUCCCCCGACCUCAUCCUGCACGACUCCGGCGUUAGCGCCGCCCGGGCGGCUGCGGCGGCGGCGGCGGCAGCGGCGGCGGCGGCGGCCUCGGCGGGAGGCAAGGAAGCCGCGCCUGGCCCCAACGACUCUUAG